AUGGACGCUACGAAGUGGACACAGGGCUUUCAAGAAAUGAUGAACGUAAAACCAAUGGAGCAAAUUAUGAUUCCUAAUAACAGCACACAUCAAUCAAACACCACAUCUAAUGCAAGGCCAAACACCAUUCUCACUUCUAACGGCGUCUCAGCCCCAGGAACAACCGUCUCCGGCGUAAGCAACAACAACAAUACGGCGGUUGUGGUGGAGAGGAAAGCAAGACCACAAGAGAAACUAAAUUGUCCAAGAUGUAACUCAACCAACACAAAGUUUUGUUACUACAACAACUAUAGUCUUACACAACCAAGAUACUUUUGCAAAGGUUGUCGAAGGUAUUGGACCGAAGGUGGAUCUCUUAGGAACGUUCCUGUCGGAGGAAGCUCAAGAAAGAACAAGAGGUCUUCUUCUUCUUCUUCAAACAUCCUUCAGACAACACCGUCUUCACUUGGUUUGACCACUACUCUUCCAGAUCUAAACCCACCAAUUCUCUUCUCAAACCAAAUCCAUAAUAAACCAAAAGGGUCAUCACAAGAUCUCAACUUGUUGUCUUUCCCGGUCAUGCAAGAUCAACAUCACCAACAUCAUCAUGUUCAUAUGUCUCAGUUUCUUCAGAUGCCUAAGAUGGAAGGAAAUGGCAACAUAGCUCAUCAGCAGCCUUCAUCAUCUUCUUCUCUCUAUGGUUCUUCGUCGUCUCCUGUUUCAGCUCUUGAGCUUUUAAGAACAGGAGUUAAUGUUUCUUCAAGAUCAGGGAUCAACUCGUUCAUGCCUUCUGGUCCAAUGAUGGAUGCAUCGAACAAUGUGCUUUACACUUCUUCAGGGUUUCCAACAAUGGUGGAUUACAAGCCUAGCAAUCUCUCUUUCUCUACGGAUCAUCAAGGGCUUGGACACAACAACAACAACAACAAUAGGUCUGACGAUGCUCAUAAUGAUCAUCAUCAAGGUAGGGUUUUGUUUCCAUUUGGGGAUCAAAUGAAGGAGCUUUCAUCAAGCAUAACACAAGAAGUUGAUCAUGAUGAUAAUCAACAGCAGAAGAGCCAUGGAAAUAAUAAUAAUAAUAAUUCAAGCCCUAAUAAUGGUUAUUGGAGUGGGAUGUUCAGUACUACAGGAGGAGGAUCUUCAUGGUGA